CCGAUAACGAAGCCAAAAGACGGAGCUAUCUGUUUGAUCCACCGCAGUCCCGUCAUAGCGAACAGCUGCCUCGUCCAACGCUCUCCACGACCGCCCUUGCCCCCAGACACUCCGAGUCCGCUCCACGCUCCCCGUCCCUGGCCGGUCCAGAUGAUGCCGAACAUAAUGACUUUAGGGCUGAUGAUAAUGGUCUUACGCAAAGUCGCAGUCGCGGAGACGACUCCACUACCAAGCACAGAAACGCUGGAUCCUCGCUGUUGCCAGGGAGUGGCCCAAAUUGGCGCAUAAACCGUUUCAGCUUCAUGAGGCUUCGUCAUGCGUCGGACCCGCAAUUGUCGAAAUCUUACGCUAAGGGGGAGCAGGAGAUCCCUCCUGUGCCGUCCCUACCGCGUAAGUACACUCGCUUCCCCAGAAUCUCCCGUUUCGCAUUUUGUGUUUUCUCGGUGAUUGACCAUGCCUCUACGCUUUCUAGCUCCUACCAUCAUAACUACCGCGCCGACAAAUCAUGAGCUCGAGGAACCGGUUAAGCGAAAGAACAAAUUCAAGCUCUUCCCAGAAACGAAAAACGCGACGGUUGAAGAGCUCCCCUUACAGCAGUCCGGCUUGAAUGGGAAAUCCCGACACGCCGCUCAGGGUUCGACUGGGUCACAGACUGUUUAUCCCAGCCGACCGGCAUCCCGAGUCAGUGGGGAGGAACCCGGUCGCUUGUCGACUACAUCAAUACGGAGCAGUGGCCGCGAACAACCUAAUGAUUCCCAUCGCUCCUCUGUGACGGAUGCGCGGUUUUCGGAGUCCUCGCGUUCUGACCAGGAUCGCGGGGACCAUGGAGCUUCCCGUGGAAUCGCUUCGGGCGAGGGUUCAGUCUCUAGCACAAAAAGAUUCCGUAUGCCUCGCUUGAAGAGAAACAAGGGCCCUCUUUUCCCAUUGCCCCCCAAGCCGACUGGGUCGCAGUCACUCAAUGGGCGUAUGCCCAAGUCGGUGCCUGGCCCUUCGGUUCCGACGUCGGACAUUUCAGAUGACCAAGACCGCGACCACGUCUCUCCGCUGCCAUCGCCAUCGCGUUCCUCCACCGGUGUUUCCUCUCCCCGACCCCCUCUUCUCAGAAAAGACUCAGCGAAUUCCGCCCAUUCGAGUCAUUCGACCCCUUCCAUUCGUCAUCGCAACCCUCCUAACACGCGGGCUCGAUCAUCUACACUGGAUUCUUUAGCCAAUUUGCGGGAUGGUGAGCAACAACCGUCGCCUCAUCUCACCUCGUCAGGGCGAACUUCCACUUCAACUAGUGGGCGUAAGAGCUUUGGCGAUAUCUUCAAUAUCCCGCAGCGACUUCGGCAGAACUCCGAACCCCCGUUCCCCAGGAGUGGGUCACCUGCUGCCAGAGGCGCGGAGACUCCAGUUUCCAAGUCGCCGUCCUAUCCAGAACGACAGGAAAGUGAUACUCCGGCCACGUACCUCGAGCGGCUUGAGGCGAGUGUUCCCAAGGGCGUGAUUGCCAGCGUGCUCUCGCAGUCAAACGAUGAAUUCUAUAAGACUGCCUUACGCAAGUAUAUGAGAGGCUUCUCCUUCUUUGGCGACCCUAUCGAUAUGGCCAUUAGAAAACUGUUAAUGGAGGUGGAACUACCAAAGGAAACACAGCAGAUUGACCGUUUUAUUCAGAGCUUUGCAGAUAGAUACCACGAAUGCAACCCUGGUAUCUUUGCGAGUACAGAUCAGGCAUACUUCAUUGCGUUCUCGAUUCUGAUCCUCCACACCGAUGUCUUCAACAAGAACAAUAAGCGAAAGAUGCAGAGGCCGGAUUACGUCAAAAACACUCGCGGGGAAGGCAUUUAUGAAGAUAUUCUAGAGUGUUUCUACGAGAACAUCUCUUACACCCCCUUCAUUCACAUUGAAGACAACAACCCCAACGGGCGUCAGCUCGCAAAGCCUCGACGCGCUCUAUUCAAAACGGCCAGUUCAGAUCACCUAGGCCGUACCACUAAAGAACCGGUGGAUCCUUACACGCUGAUAAUGGAUGGAAAACUUGACUCGCUCCGACCAAGCCUCAAAGAUGUAAUGAACUUGGACGACCCGUAUCGUUGUGAUGGAACGGAGGGACCGCCUGACAUUGCAAGCCUCCAUCGUGCCUUCUCUAAAGCGGCCAUUUUACAAAUCGUUUCCCUGCGUUCGCGGCCUGAUGCCUUCAUGCCGUCCAGCAUGGAAAACCCGAUCGAUUCCAAUCCAGGCCUGGUGGACAUCAAAAUAGCCAAGGUUGGAUUGCUCUGGCGCAAAGACCCAAAGAAGAAGAAGGCUCGGUCACCAUGGCAAGAGUGGGGAGCCCUACUCACGUUCUCGAAGCUCUAUUUCUUCAGGGAUGUUAACUGGGUGAAAUCGCUCAUCCACCAGCAUGAGUCACAUCUCAAGGAAGGCCGCCGUCGAGCUGUCAUAUUUAAGCCACCACUGACAGACUUCAAGCCGGACGGCAUCGUGCCGACCGAUGAUGCCGUGGCUCUGAUCGACUCCAGUUAUAAGAAGCACAAGCAUGCGUUUGUCUUUGUCCGCCACAACGCCUUGGAAGAGGUCUUUCUGGCUAAUAGUGAAUCGGACAUGAACGACUGGCUGGCAAAGCUGAAUUAUGCCGCAGCCUUUCGAACCACUGGCGUCCGAAGCAAGGGCAUGAUGGCUACGGACUAUGAGGCGCAGCGGAAUCGGAUGAGCCGCAGGGGCUCUAGUGUAUCCUUAACGGACAGGGAACCUCCUUCGCCGAAUCCCGAGGCGGACAUGGGUGAAGACCUUAUUGUCGCGCGGGAUCAUUUGAUGCGCCAAAAGAUUCGAGAGGCUAACGAAAAGCUUUUUGUCAGCCAACGGCAGCUUGAUGAUUUACUGAGGAACGCUAGACAUCUGCAGGUCCUGACCCCCGUGCACUCUAGGGCACGAGAAAAUGUAAUCAUGGCUGCAGGGCGCAUGGCUGCCAAGCUCAAAUGGGUGAGGCAGGAUAUCUGGCGUACCAGAUGUUACCGGGAGGUGCUUGUUCGCGACCUGGGUGAGAAAGAAGGAGAAGCGCAGCUUCUAGCUGAACAAAAGCGCUUGAAGCUGCAGAUUCCUACGAAUGCCGAGAUGCCCGAACAGGAACCCCCCGAUGAAACGGCGGUCGAGAAAGUAGCAUCUCCAGUCAAAGAGACUGUGCCCCCUUCGCCGCACCCUGACUCCAUUACGCCGCCAUCUGUCACCCAACCACCAGCACCGCAACCCGCUGCAGAAGACAUGCGGAGACCGAGCGUCCCAGCGUCUUUCACAUCGGUGGAGGUUGCGUCUCGCGCUGGUAGGCGGCUCUCGGUGGACGAUCUCAAGGCACGUACGAAAUCUAGCUCUCCUGAGCCACUGAAUCGGUUGACUCGCGAAGCCUCGGUGCUCAGUGCUGCGAGUAAGAUAGACGUCGCCAGUUUGGCCUCCCGUGCCUCUAAGAUCACUGCCCCUGGAAGCUUCGAUGAUGGCGAGGAGCGGAUCCUUCGCGAGGCUGGCUUGCUGGAAGUGAAUACCUCGCCCCAAACUAAGAGACAAUCUCUUGUCAUCAAGGACGCUGAUGUUGAUCAAAAGCCGAACGACUCACAAGAGAUGUCUCAGCUGGACCGAUCCAGUCGGAUUCGCCGUAGUCUCCACCGGACUCUUCGAGAUGCGCCCGGUGCGCACCAUGGCCAUUACCCUCGCAGCAAGAAGUCACGCGAGUCAACCUCUGGCAUGGCCGCGCUCGACGAUGGUCCAGCAGCUCUUGAAGGUGAAGGAUUAUCUCGGAAAUCUGCCAGCUUCACUGUCCACGGCAAAAAGGCCUCGAUUGUCACUUUCGGCAGCGAAUGGCAGAACAUGCCGCCGGAGGAACGUCUCAAGCUUCGGAAACCGACCCCAUCGGAAGAACCCAAAGCGUCCGAUACAGUCGUCGCUAGCAGUGCUAAUUCCACUACCUCGGAGUCUUUGCAUCCUGGUCAUCCGCAGUCCUUGCGCAGUAUGAGCCCCGGAACCAGGGAGAGCGUCAACUACAUUGAAGAAUCUGAAGAGAUGGAGGAACUUCCCCCACGAUUCUACAGUGACGACGCCCUCGAUUCGAGCUCCAAAGUCACUGAGAACUCCUUCGUCACAGCGAACCAGGACCCAUCACCCGUGCUGGUGACUGACGAUAGCAAUGCCGUCGACGAGACCACGCCUAAGAAACUCUCUGCCAGCCCGCCCGAACAGGCUGUGAAUGCAUAGAAAAGGAAAACAAAAAGAACCGAAAAGAAAACCAACUUUAUCAUCUCACCCUCGUCAACAAGACCUUUCUGUUCUCUCCCU